AUGAUGUUUUCAAAAAUCUUCAAACCCUUCUUUGGGGAGCACAAAUUUGAAAACCUCAAAUCAGAGGCUGACGAUGACACUGACAUCGAGUCAGAAAAUCUCCUUCAGAACGGACAUGGACGAAAAGCAGCUACCUCAAAUGCCUGGAUCUACUUUACCGUUGCAAACCUCAUCAUCCUAAGCAUCACGGCUUCCUUGAUCAUCAGUACAGGCAUCUUUCGGACAAGUGAGAAAAAUGCUGUCCUAAGGCCGAUCUCAUGGUGGUCGCCCAUCCUCGAUGACAUUGAAAUCCCGAGAUUCGAGACAAAGCUGAACGGGACACUCUUCGCCAAGCCCGAGGUCUCAAUAGCCCGAGAAGAGCCCAGCGCGGAGAACGACGCAGCUUGGGCUCAGUAUGAAAAGGUCCUGACACACGUCCUCACUCGCGAGCAAAUCCUCAAGCUGGGCAAAAACCCGGAGACUGUGGCUCGCUUCGACAAUGACUACUGGGGAAUGGGUGAUGAUGCUUACAUGGCACAGAUGGAUGUGAUGCAUCAAAUCCACUGCCUUAACCUGCUGCGCAAAGCAGCUUUUGCCGACUACCCUGGCUACGAGCCAGGGUUAGACGAGAAGGACAAAAUGUGGUGGAUACACCUCGGUCACUGCACCGACAUCCUGCUGCAAAAUAUCCAAUGCAAUGCCAAUACGGAGUUCUUGACGUUGAACUGGGUGGAAGACCGCCAGGCUCCAUGGCCGGACUUCAGUGUGAAUCGCAAGUGUGGUGAUUUCAAUGCGCUGGUCGACUGGCAACGCAAUAAUGCCGUUGAUGCCGACAAAUUUGACCAAAUGCCAGUUCCAAAGAACGCUUUCGUGUGGCCUGCACCUUGGAAGAAGCAAGAGACGGAGCUGGGUGAGAAGCUGGGUCAGCAUCAUAUGCAGGAAGGUCUCGGCGAUAUGCAUGCGCAUCAUCACGGUGCAGGGAAUUAA